UUUUGAUUGGCAUACACUACUGGGCUCUUUCUGUGCUGAACCCGGGAAAAAAGCAACACCAGCAACGUGGGUUAAAGAAAUAGCCUUGUUCUUUGUGGGUUUUUCCACUUUGUGAUCAAUCAAGGCCUGGCCAACAAUGGCGUCAGCAAAGAGAGGCAAAGAAGAGGAAAGGUACUGCAGAGACUGGGAGGAGGAGAAAGAUUUGAAGGACUGGCUUCGGCCUGUUGUGGGAGACAAGGGCAAGGCGGCCUGCCGGUUCUGCGAGUGUGAGAUGCAAGCCAACUACGCCAACCUCCAGCAGCACAUGGCCACCACCAAACAUCAAACAUAUGCCUUUCCGGGCUGUUUGGGGCCCCUGGAUAAUGAGGGACUUAGUGAUUCAAAGAAUUCUGAUACUACAGCAGCCAUUUUGAUGAAGACAGAGGCAUCAUGCUUCUCAGCUGGUUCACUGAAGACAAACAAGGAAGAAAUAGAUAAAGCAUCAGUGGGCAAUGGGCUUGGAAAUUCAACAGAGUCUUUUUGGUUCAGCACUGAACCCAGCUUGGAAGACAUCCGAAGGCUCCAGGUGGAGUUUGGAGUGGAGCGUGGCUGGGGAAAAUACCAUCAGCCUCGAAAUCUGCUUCUUGCACUCGUUGGAGAAGUUGGAGAGUUGGCAGAGCUCUUCCAAUGGCGAGAAGAUGCCCCUGAAGGCCUACCAGGAUGGACUACAUCAGAACGUGAAGCUCUCUCUGAUGAACUCAGUGAUGUCCUUAUUUAUCUAGUGGCCCUUGCAAACAAAUGCCAUGUGGACCUCCCCAGCGCUGCCCUCCGAAAAAUAGAGAAAAACCGCCUCAAGUACCCUGUUGAGCAAGUCUAUGGAUCAUCAAAGAAAUACACAGAGUAUCAGAAAUAAUGAGUCUCAGCCUCUUCCUGACAGGAGAGAAAUGUACCUGCACAUAGUGGAGGAGAACACGUUAAAGUCAUGUGUUUUGAAGAUUUAAAGAAUGUUAUGACUUGGGCUUUGUACAGAUUACCUAUUCAGAGCAGCUCCCUCCUUCAUUUUAGACUUUGUAAGUAGAGACCAGCUAAGUCCUGAUUCAAAGGGGAUGACGUUUUGUAUUGUGUUGACCUUUUCUGCUGUUAUUUACUUGUCUUUUAUUUUUGUAAAACAAGGGAGAGGAACCUUUGACCCUCCAGAUAUUGUUGCAGUCUUAAUUGCCACAUCCAUAGCCUUUAGGCCAGCUUGAAGGGUGAUGGGAAUCAAAAGUCCAGAAAGAUCUGGAGGACAUAGAUGACCACAAGCUAAAAGUUGGUUGAUGUGGCUGUAAGUGGCCUGAGCAGAAUAGUAUGUUAGUAAAAGGGAGUUAAAACUGAGCAUCUUAAAUUUUUUUAAAAAUGAAAGGGCCUUCCCUCACCCCUCACAACUAGAAGGACUUUUGCCAUGUGUGAAACUGACUAGGAUAUCUGCCUCCUUUGACUAGGGACAAGCUGGAUGUCUCCAUUUCUUCACAUCUUUUUGUUUUUCCUAAGAAAAGAAGUUGGCAUAUGCUUGCAGUAAUGGGAGGGAUGGCUCCUUUGACUCACCCCCUUGAUGAGUGUUGAGAAGGUCUUAAGGUCUCAUCAGUUCCCAGAUGUUAAAACUGUCCAUGUGGCCUCCUGACAAUUACUUGUAAUAAUGCAGCACGCUUAUUGCACAGGAUCUGUGGGUAUCACAUAAAAUAAUCUGGAUGCAGAAACGUAAUCUUAGGCUGAAUCUGCACUGCAGAAACAAUGCAGUUUGACACCAUUUUAAUUGCCAUGGCUCUAUGCUAUAGAAUCCUGGGGUUUGUAGUGACACCAGAGCUCUCUGACAAAGACUAAAUAUCUCACAAAACUACAAGUCUCAGAAUUCCAAAGCAUGGAGCUAUGGCAGUUAAAGUGGUGUCGAAUUGCAUUAUUUCUGCAGUACAGAUUCAGCCCUAGAUCAGGAGGAAAUAGGAAUUAGGAGAGAAGUACCUGUUUGGUGAUGGAUAGGUAGGUCUUCCAGCAUAGACAGAAGUAACUGUUUCAGGCCACAUAACAAUUAAAGAUAACUAUGGAUAAAGUAAAAGCAAUUUGAGGUCUGUCUGCAAUCUUUGAGAUCUGUCAACUUUGUAAAAAUAUAUUUUAUUUUCAUUUAUCA